AUGGGGAGCCCCAGACCAGCAGCCCUGCCCCUGCCUCUCAUGCUGUUCCUCGGUCUCUCUGCCUCCGCUGGGAUUGGCGGCCCCUCCCUGUUCUGCUGGAGAACUUGCUGUCUGCUGGCCUCCCACAUGGAUGACAGUUUCACUGGUGAUUCUACCUGUAUUCCUUGCCGCACCCAGUUGGCCCUCCUCCUCUCCACAAAGCUUUGGUAUGCUCAGGUCUGGCACUGUCCCUGCUGUUUGUGCCUGCAUCUGGUGCCAGAUCUCUCAGGCCUUCAGUGGGGCUGGUUCCACCUCCUGGUGCAGAAAUCCAAAAAGUCUUACAAGUUCAAGUUCUGUAGGAGACACAAGAUGCCAGCAUCUGCUCAGAGGAAGAUGCUGGGUUGCUGUUGCCCAUUUCAGAAGGGCCAUCACAUUUCCAUCCCCUCCCCAGACAUCUCCCACAAGGGGCGGCGCUCCAAAAGGACCCAACCUUUGGAUCCAGAGGCAGUGGAAAGUCUCCCCAGACUGGGCUCACAAACGCAUGGAGGGCCCAAGUUCUCCUUUGAUUUGCUGCCUGAGGCACAGACUAUUCGUGUGACCAUUCCUCCAGGCCCCGAGGUCAGUGUGCGUCUUUGUCACCAGUGGGCACUGGAGUGCGAAGAGCUGAGCAGUCCCUUCGAUGCCCAGAAGAUCGUGUCUGGGGGCCACACUGCAGACCUGCCUUAUGAAUUCCUUCUGCCCUGUUUGUGCAUAGAGGCAUCCUACCUGCAAGAGGACACCAUAAGGCACAAAAAGUGUCCGUUCCAGAGCUGGCCUGAAGCCUAUGGCUCAGACUUCUGGAAGUCAGUGCACUUUGCUGACUACAGCCAGCACGAUCAGAUGGUCAUGGUCCCGACACUCCGCUGUCCCCUGAAGCUGGAGGCCUCCCUCUGCCAGAGGCAGGACAGGCACACCCUCUGUGAAGACCUCCCCAAUGCCACAGCUCGAGAGUCAGAGGGGUGGUAUGUUUUGGAGAAGGUGGACUUGCACCCCCAGCUGUGCUUCAAGUUCUCUUUUAGAAACAGUAGCCAUGUUGAAUGCCCACGCCAGACUGAAUCUCUCACAUCCUGGAACGUGAGCAUGGAUACCCAGGCCCAGCAGCUGAUCCUUCACUUCUCCUCCAGGAUACAUGCCACCUUCAGUGCUGCCUGGAGCCAUCCAGGCUUGACGCAGGACACCUUGGUGGCCCCCGUGUACAGUGUCAGCCAGACCCAGGGCUCAAGCCCAGUGACAUUAGACCUCUUCAUUCCUUUCCUGAGGCCAGGGGGCUGUGUCCUGGUGUGGAGGUCAGAUGUCCAGUUCGCCAGGAAGCACCUCUUAUGUCCGGAUGUCCCCUACCCUGUUCAUAUGUUGCUCCCGUGCCCAGGCCGGGGCCGAGCGCGGCCGGUGCUGCUCCUACACGCGGCGGACUCAGAGGCGCAGCGGCGCCUGGUGGGAGCGCUGGCUGAACUGCUGCGGGCCGCGCUGGGCGGCGGGCAAGACGUGAUCGUGGACCUGUGGGAGGGGACGCGCGUGGCGCGCGUGGGCCCGCUGCCGUGGCUCUGGGCGGCGCGGGAGCGCGUGGCGCGGGAGCGGGGCACGGUACUGCUGCUGUGGAGCGGCUCCGGCCCCAGCUCGGCCCGCGGCCCCGACCCCUGCUCCGUACCCGCGCGCGCCCUGCUCCGCGCUGCCCCGCGCCCGCUGCUGCUGCUGGCCUACUUCAGUCGCCUCUGCGCCAAGGGCGACAUCCCCCCGUCGCUGCGCGCCCUGCCGCGCUACCGCCUCCUGCGCGACCUGCCGCGCCUGCUGCGGGCUCUGGACGCACGGCCUUCCACCAAAGCCACCCACUGGGGCUGCCUCGGGACUCAGUCGUGCAUGCGGGGCCGCCUGGAGCUGUGCCGCCGGCUUGAACUCGAGGCCGCCAAACUUGCAGACCAAGGCUGAGCGGAGCUGCACUGCAGUCCCGGAUGUCUACGCCUCAGAACGUAGGGGCCUUCUUCCUACCCUGGAAUUGUUAUGAUGCCCGCUUAGGACUACUGGCCUAAAAGCCUUAUUCCCUGCCUCCCAGCCCGGGAGUCCCAGCUCAGUACCCACGCAUGUCCGGCCUACUCUUUAUGCUUACCCUGCUUCUCAGGAUCUCUAGAAAGAGAGUUAUUCCUUAUUGAGAGCCCCUCUAACCGCCCCCACCCCGACCCCCGCCGCGUUCUGAUGGAGGAAGGGCGAUCUUCUUCCCACUUCCUCUCUCCAAGAAACUCCAGAAAGAGAGCAGUCUGCACAUUCUCCAGCCCAGGCUGGGGAGGUUGGGGCAGGAGUGGAGCUAUGUCAGUCCUGAAGGAGGGUGGUUCCAGGGGCAUUGGGAGAAAACCCCCCUGGGAGCCAGGGAUCUCCCUUUCCCAGACCCAGGCUCUGCCCAGAGGGGUAGGGAGGGAGGACUCAGGACCCAGGAAAAGAGCGUUUGGCGCUGGGUGGCCAGGACAGAGGAGGAGCAGGAGAACAAGAUCCAGAAAGAUGAAUAAAGGAGA